UAUGCGCAGCACUGUCAUGGCGGGACACAUGAAACGAAGAGUUGGAUUUAAUUGCAAAAAUUCAAGAACGACAGUUAUUAUAUUGUCUUUUGUGCUGCAUUUUCUUCUACUAAUAGAACAAACUUCAGCGGUAAUGCCUAUAACCCCUAUCAAAGAAGGGAAGGAACACCAGGAGUCUGGAUCAAAGCACUUCUGUUAUGAAAAUCACCUGGUGCCAGGAUGGAGGGAGACCUGGACACGGAUUCAGAUUCAGGUGUACAGCUCCAAGGAGCUGAAGGUGACGGUGGUGCAGGACGAGAACGAGCUCCAGGAGCUGGAGCACUUCAGCCUGUGGACCCUGGUGCGCUACUUCAUGCGUGAGCACUCCAACGAGACCCUCAUCAGCGUGGGCUUGUUCAGCACAAAGACCUGCUUCCGGGUGGACCCAGCGGACCGCAGUGCCACGUACACAGUCAGGCUCGAGCACAAGUUUGAUAUUUAUCUGUUCCUGGUGUUCCUGUCUGGAUUGCUGUUGUUUCUCUAUGCCGACACACUCAGCAGGAGUCAGCUGUUCUAUUACUCAGCCGGAAUGAGCACGGGCAUGAUCGCCUCCCUCAUCAUCCUCAUCUUCAUCAUGGCUCGCUUGCUGCCCAAGAAAAGCCCGUUCUACGUGAUGAUAGUCGGGGGCUGGUCCUUCUCACUCUACCUCAUCCAGCUGGUGUUCCGGAACCUGCAGCUCAUUCUGAGAGAGCACUGGCACCUGGCCAUAGGCUACACAGCGGUGGUGGGCUUUGUGAGUUUCGCGGUGUGCUACCGCCACGGCCCCCUGGUGGAGGAGCGCAGCAUUAACAUCCUGUCCUGGACGCUGCAGAUAUUCGGCCUGCUGCUGGUCUACGCCGGCAUCCAGGUCCAGCAGGUGGCGCUAGCCAUCAUUGUGGCAGCUUUCUGCGCCAAGAACCUGGAGUAUCCUGUUCAGCUGGCCAUAAAUGCGUACAUCAGGCUGAGACCAAACUGGUGCAGGAAGCUGGAGCCUCGUCGUCUUCUGACUGAGGAGGAGUACCAGAGGCAGGGGGAAGAGGAGACACAGCGCGCCCUGGAGGAGCUGCGGGAGUACUGCGGCAGCCCCGAUUUCCAGACCUGGAAGACCGUCUCCAGGCUGCAGUCUCCGAAGAGGUUCGCGGACUUCGUGGAGGGCUCACCCCAUUUGAUGGGGAACGAAGUGUCUCAUCACGCGCAGGAGUACGGGCUGGGAGGGUCCUUCUUCGAGGACGAGCUCUUCGCCACAGACGAGGAGGACGAGGAGGAAGUGUCUGAGGACGAGGAGAAGGAGCAUGUGCUGAAGAGGGAGCAGCUUAAAGAGCGCUUCAGGAACCAUCGAGACAUGUGAGGGAGCGGGGGCCGUCGGGGGCAGGCACACACAAGGCCCGAAAUUCCUCCCAACUUUCGCAUCCCCAGAGCUCCGUCGGUUGAGCGUAGCGGGUGUGGCUUCAGCCCUGUCAGUCUUCAGAUUGUGGCAGAGGAGCAAGCUCGGUUACGAUUCGGAGCAGAAGCCAGACAAGUGCCCUCAAACAUGUCUCCGGGACAGCGUUUGACAACAAUCAAUCAAUCAAUCAACAAUCGUACAACUGAGAGAAAGGAAAACGUUGGAACAUACUCAAACGUAUUCACGUCUUUUUGGAAAAGCAGUAUUCAGUAUGACACUUUCGUAAAGGAACAUUUUCAUUUUGAUCUUUUCCUGUGUGCAACUGUUCAAGACAAAAUUCUAGAAUGAUGAUGGAUGGAUCAUUUUGAUUUAAGUGGUCUUACGCUGGCUUGUUUCAUUUUCCUUUCCGUGUCGCAGGGACUCUUCCAUUACAGCGAUCGACUGGUAAAUGUUUGCUUCUUGUAUUGAAGGUAAAAUCCCAAGAAAAUGUUCAGCUCAAGUCGGUGAUGUUUCUGUUUGCUGUGUAGUAAUACGCCAGUUCCGGUGCUAACAUUUGGGAGGAAAGUCAUAGCAAAGUAAACCUUUCGCCGAGAGGACUUCUUAGCUCUUCUCAGUCCCAAUGCUCUGGGUCCAAAUGCUGGUCUAACCUCUACCCAUCAGUAAAGAUAUUUUUUUAUCCAAUCGGUUAGCUCCACUCUUCAGAAAAGCACACAAUAUUGCAGUGCUGCUCAUCUCCAUGUCCUGCAGGCUACCCAACUCCUGAUAUCACUAAUUAACUUAUUGUCUGAACCAAGCAGGUUAAAUAAUUAGUGAUGUCGGGUAGUGUAGCGCACAGCAGAAGCGAUUACCAGCAGACACUGCGGCCCGCAGGACGAGGAGUGGAGCAGCGCUGCAAUAUGGUGACGUUGCUCACAACCUGACUUGAAGUGUAGUGCCUUUAAUCCAAAUACUGUACCGAUGCUGUGAACUGAUUCUGAAGCCUGUUCUAAAACUUCCAGUCUUCUGAUGAACUGUUAUCUACAACUUCUUCCAAGAGUGAAACCAUGACACUUAACACACUUAACACAAGAUAUUGACUAAAUAAAAAUUCAGAUUCCACAUUGACCUUCUUCUAUCCAUCUUUACUUUUUUCUCUUGGUGUGCCUUAGGAAGUUACAUGGUGUGCUAGUUAUUUUAGUUGUAUUUUAAAUUGUAUUGUUUUUAAUGGUUUGUAACUGUUGAACCAAAGUGCUCAACUUGCGUAGUUGGUGUAAUGUUGGCUGAUUUUUCCAUAGGUGAUGAGAUUCCAGCUCAAACUUGCCAUUAUCGCUUUUGUCAUUCACUUCUACAGGGAUGCAGGAUAUGGAAAUUGUAGGAAUGGUAGAAGGAUUGCUUCUUGGUUUUGGCUGGUAAACGCAAUUUAAAUAAAGAAGAAGUGUAAAUGACUAUGAUUGGGCUCAUUUUUGAGCAUGACAUUUUUGCUUCAUUUACAGCAUCAUCGUAUUUGACAAAUAUGAUGAUGCAUGUAUGUUGCUUCAUCAUAUUUGUUUUCAUAUUAAUUUAUCAGUUUAUGGAACCCUGAUAUCCUGCACCUCUAGUUAUAAAUCUAUAAUGUAUGGCCAGACCCAAUUGGUUUACAGAAAAUAGACUGGUACAGUUAGCUAGCUAGUUGGUUAUUUUUCUUAGAAACUUUUACCUCAUAAAAUGUAGAAUGGCCACCAGCUCUAACAGAUUACAAUUUCAGUCAGUAUAUCAAAUUUAUUUUCCAGAACAAUCUGUGGUAUUAAAAUAGUCAAACUGAUGGAAUUCUUUGACACUUAUUUUUUCCUUUUCAAUUACAUAUGAGCACACUGAAUAGACACAAAAAUACUUCUGUGUUUUGUCUUGUGUAAUAUUUUUUUGUGGGAUUUGUCCUUGUGUGAAAUUGGGUCAAAGCUGAACCAUAUCUUCUAUUUGUUGGAAUAAGAUGGAUGUACACAGUGACUGGUUUUGUAUGUAAGAUUUUAUGAUGCCAGUGAAUCCAUGCCAUAAGGGUUUUCAGUGUCUUCUGAGUUAUCUUUGUUUUUUUUGUUUUUGUUUGCGGGGGGAACUAAUAAAUGUGUUGAGAUUGA